GUAGGAGCAAUGUAACUCCACGACCGAUAGCCAUUAUGAUUCAUCGACCUGAGUCGCGAUUCUCACACUGCUGAUUUCACAGGCGCCAUUCUUGAAUUCACAGGACGCUAGAGCACCGGCUUUGAGGCGCGUCGAAAGCAGCAGAUCCGACUCAGGCAUGUCCCCCCUUUCCCCCAGGCGCUGGCGCGCGGGGGAGAGGGUGGAAGUUGCUCCUCGGGGGGAGGGUUUCCAGGGCGCUUGGUUCACUGCCGUGCUGCUGGCGGUAGACAGAGGCAGGCGGAUGGGUUCAGUGCGGUACGAGGAGAUGAUGGAGGAGGACGGGGUGACCAGGCUGACUGAACACGUCAGCUUGGAUCAGAUCCGCCCCGUGCCACCUGUCAUUGAUGGGGAUGACCCUGCCACGUGGGAUGAGGGCCAUCCCGUGGAGGCGUGGGACAAUGAUGGCUGGUGGGUCGGCACAAUCGUUGGCCGCGACUUCAGGCGCCGAACCAUGCCCCAUCCCGAACCUCCCGGUGCCGUGCCUGGCGCUAGGCUCGGCACCGAGGCUGACGUGCUGGCGUUCAGGGUGUAUUUCCAGGGAUCAACGGAGCAGAAGGUGUUUCUGGCCCGUGACCUGCGCACGAGAAUGGACUGGCUUCAUGGCAAGUGGAUCUCUCUGGGGCCCGUGGCUGCUGACGCUGACGCUGCUGCUGACAUGUCUCCUUCGUCUGCUGACGCUGCUGCUGCUGCUGCUGCUGCUGCCGGUGAUGCUGCUGCUGCUGCUGCUGCUGCUGCUGCUCCUGCCGUUACUGCCGCUGUAACUUCUGCUGCUAUCACUCAUGUAGCUAUGGGUAUUGCUAAUGUAUCAGCUUGUGCUGAUGCUGUAACGGAUGCUGUAACGGAUCCUGAAGCUGAUGCUGUAACCAUGCAAGACAUGGCAGCCGGAGGAGGAGCAGCGGGAGCAGCAGCAGAGGAAGGAGGCAAGGCAGCAUUACUAGCUGAUGGAAGAGGGGCUUCUUUGGCUUCAGGGCCCGAGACUCAGGCGGGGGAGACUCAGGCGGGGGAGACUCAGGCGGGGGAGGAGUCUGUGAUGGAGGGGAGAGCAGGAGCCGAGGAAAGGGAUGACGUGGCUGCAGCAGCAGCAGCAGCAGCAGCAGCAGCAGCAGCAGCAGCAGCAGCAGCAGCAGCAGCAGGGGAAAGAGAAAGAGGAGCACUACCAGCAGCAGAACGAUUAGCUGCAGCAGCAGUAGCAGCAGCAGACGAAGCAGGUCAUUCGCCAUCAGCAGGAUCACCAGCAGCGGAACAUGAAGCAGCAGCGCCAGGAGUGAAGGAGUGCGUUGAUGAGUGUGGAUUGGAGGGCGGGGUGAACGAGGGUGGUAUGGGGCAGGGUGGGUUGAAGGAGCAGGCUGCUGGUCACCAGGAGAUAGAUUCAGGGGAGCCGUUUUCUUGUGGGCCGGUGACAGUAGGACAGUGUGACAUUAGUGAAGGGCGGGCCGGCGCCUCGAGAGGGGAUGAAGGGGAGGAAAGGGAACCAGGCUUCGAUGCGAGGUCGCCACCAGACGGGAGUGGUGGUGGGCGUGAGUGCAGGGCAGCUGGGAAUGUGCCACAGGCAGUAGGAGGCGCUCCAACAGUAGCAGGCAGACCUGUGCACGUGCUUAGUGCAGUGAGAUUCGAGCGGGUGGUGCCGGAUGGCGGUAAAGGUGCGAGGUCACCACCACUCGAGAGCAGCGAUAAACCCUGUCAGGAUGACCCCUGGGAUCUGAGCGCUGCUACUGGUUGUUCCAAUGCUGGUGCUGGAGAGAGGGAGGCUCCACUGAUCGUCUACAAGCGAAGGAGGACAGCGCAGGGGUGGGUGGGCCGAUGCCUAGACAUGCAGAGACAGAAGAUUCAAUUCUGCUCUCAAAUUCUAACAGGUGGGACUGGGGGAGGGAGAGGGAGGCUUUCAAGGCAGUGCAAGGCGUCUAGGGUUUAUGCCAAGAUGUUGGGAAAGGGAGGAGGAGUAGAAGGGAGAGGCGGAGCAGAAGGGAGAGGAGGAGUAACAGAAGGGAGAGGAGGAGGUUUGAAGGCCACCUCGCAUGCACCAAGCACCCUUCCUCCGUUCACCUCCAGCACAGGAUUGAAAACGAAGGCAGCAGCAGCAGCUGCUUCUGCUUCUGCUACUGCUGCUGCUGCUGCCCCUGCCACACCCGCCGCAUUUCCCACCACACCUGCUGCAACUCCUGCCGCACCCGAUGGUGCGCCUGCCACCCCUGCAGCAAUGCCUGCAGCGAUGCCUGCAACGAUGCCUGCAGCGAUGCCUGCAGCAAUGCCUGCAGCGAUGCCUGCAGCGAUGCCUGCAGCGAUGCCUGCAACGCCCAUGGUGGGUGGGGAGAGGCCACGGGCACCUCCAGUCGCAAAGGCGAUCUCUGAGGCGCCUCAUGUAAGGCGAGCAGGAGGGGGGAGUGUAGGUGACAGGAGAAGGGAGUUGAUUGGGGAGAGGGCAGGUGGGGGAGCGGUGGUGGAAAUUGAGGAUGAUGGGGAGGAGGUGGAUGUGGAGGAGUUGAGAGAGGUGCAUGGUGUCAAGGAAGGCGGUGAUAAUGAUGCUGGUGUGGAGGAGGAUGAGGACGAUGAAGAGGAUGACGAAGAUGAUGAUGAGGAUGAUGAUGUGGUGGAGGUGGUGGGGGAGGAGGUAUGUGUGAGCAUAGUGCAGCAUAGACCAGGAGAAGCGGCAGUACCAGCAGGAGAACCGGUGCACCGGCAUGUGAAUGUGACAUCCCCCUCGGGUCUCACCACAGCAGCAGGACAGACCAACUUCUCCACACUGGCCCUUACAGCAGCGCAUGCCAAAGCACAUCCACAUGCAAGAGCACAUACAAAUACAACAGCGUACACAGAAGCGUGCACAUCUGCACCUGCAGGCAUGGCAGCAGCUCCCCACACACCAGCAGCACCUUCAGUCCAUCACUGUGCGCCUGUUACCUCGCCAUUCCAGCCAACCCUAGGAGCUGCACGGCUGUGCUCCGAGCAGCACAUCGGCGGGGUGAAGAGACAGCGGUUCUUUGGCACCUGGAGCCGCCAGGGGCCUCUUUUCCACAGCCGCGACACGCUGCAGACACACAAUGGACCGGGGGCCACUACUGAGAACAAAGAGUACUGUGGGGUGUCGACUCGAUCACUCUAUGGAGGGGGGGAUAUGAGGCAUGUAGCUGGUGGGGUAGAGAGAGAGGUGGUGCUUGGGGGAGGGGAUACGGGGGUCCAGGCAGUGGCAGAGGCGGCAUACGGGGGGGUGCUGCAUGCGCUGUGGGUGCAGGGAGGGGGAGAGGGCAUCACGUGGGAUAAGGAAGUGCUGCUGACAGACCUCCGCCGGGCUUUAAGUAUUUCCAACGACCAGCACUCUCGCCUGCUUGCUGCUCUGCUCUCACAGGAUGCGACAGCUGAUGCCAGCUGGUAAUUUGAUGUCAAAAUUGAUACUUCAGUUUGUUUCAUGCAGCAUAUGAUUGUGAAGGCGUCUCGCAUAGGCAGCGGCAGUGUGGUACUAGCAUGAGAGCUACUACUUGUACCAGGCUUCCCACCAGCAUGCGGAUCUAGCGUAACUGUGACUUCUCCACAAUGGAAAUUCGACUCCAUGCAUCUUACAGCCUGCAUGGCGGGGGACUUCAGGCAUCCUUCGGUAGAGAUGAAUAAAGAUUCAGUGUACAU